GCGUGGGUCUUGCAGGGGGAGUUAGUUUCUUUAAUCUGUAAUUUUUUAGCUGAGAAAAUUUGGAAGUGAAUAAACAAAAGAAUAGUGCAAAAAUGGGGUAUUUGCUGAAAGAGGUUUUAAAGACUCUGUGUGGAGUCAACCAAUGGUCUUAUGCUGUUUACUGGAAGAUCGGUUGCCAGAACACAAAGCUUUUAAUUUGGGAAGAAUCCUAUUAUGAACCUUCAACAUUCUCCGGAAUUCAUGGAAUUUCGGGGGUUGAGAAUUCGGAACUAUCAUUCCAUGAUUGGGGGGUUUGCUGGGGUUCGGGGGAGGUACGUAAUCCUCAGCUUAUGAAUCAAGCAGGGGAGAGAGUGCAUAUGCUUGUAAACAAAAUGAUGAUGGAAAGUCAAAUCAAUAUAGUAGGAGAAGGACUAGUCGGACGGGCUGCAGUUACUGGGAGUCAUCAGUGGUUUCAUUCAGAGGGUUUUAAUAGAGUAGUUCAUCCACCAGAGGUCCUGAAAGAGCUCACAGGACAAUAUUCUGCUGGCAUCCAGACAAUUGCAGUUGUUCCUAUUCUUCCUCAUGGUGUCGUCCAAUUUGGAUCAUGCUUGCAUAUAAUGGAGAGCACGAGUUUUGUGGAGGAUGUGAGGAUACUGAUAAGUCAACUAGGAUGUGUCCCUGGUGUCUUGUUAUCCGAUGAAAAUGCAACGAAAGAUCUGAUGGUGAAUACUGGCACACCAGUUUAUCUGGGAAGUUCAAGUCUUGUAGAUUCUUGUGUGAGCACAAACGUAAUGAACUCUGCUCCGGUUAUUGCUAGCUGCAGUUAUCAGGGCAACUCAAGUCAGACUGAUGGUUUUAUUUGUCAAACUUCUUCCUCUAUGGCUGCACAAGUUCGGGAUAGAAUAAUGCAGUCUACCGAUGCAACAUUUCCAGCGUCCAAUAUGACCCAAUGUUUUGUUGAAUCUCAUGAUGAUCGUCAGUUUCACAAAAAAAUUAUUCCAGAGGUGAAAGCACAUCUGUCUCCUAAUAGCCAGCUAAUAAAUAACGUGAUUAAAGCGGAGGUAAUUUCUCCAAGCUCUAACAUGUGGAUGAGUCAACAAGCUCCUUCACACAUUCCGAGGCCUCCUUUUCAUCAGCAAUCUUUUACUGACUCAUUAACUGUAGAUAGCGGCAGCUUAAGCAAUGUAUCCCAGCUUAAUGGUUUCACUGCAUCUGAUCCAAGACCCAAUGAUGUCCUGAUCUCUAGUUGUCAUGGAAAUUCAAUUUCUCCAUCCACUGGAGAAAAUGAACUAUGUAAACGAGGGGAUGGGCAUCACCGAUCAAUUCCAUUCCCCAAUUCUACUGCUGAUGCCAAUGGACUAUCAAACAUAAUCAGUUCUUGCACAAAGUCGGCUGGAAAUGGGCUUCAAACCACGUCAAAAUUAAAUGUUGGGGAUGAUUUGAUAACUCGUAAUAUUUCUGAUGGUCUGAAUGCACAAUUUAUGUGGGAUGAGAGUAAUGGAAUAGUCGAAAAUGAUUUGUUUCAAGCACUUGGAAUUAUGCUAACACAGAAUGAGCAUCCAUGUAGUACAAGCAAGUUGGUGCAAGAGGUUUGUGGUGAAAAACAUGAAUAUGUGGGGCAGAGUGCAUUGCUUGAAAACAACAAGUAUGAAGAUUCCUGUGUCCAACGUCACUCGGGGGAUGACCUGUUUGAUGUUCUGGGUGCUGAUUUUAAAAAUAAACUAUUCAAUGGAAGCAGGAACAGUUAUCAAAGUAAUGGACCAGACUCAAACACAUGGGAUCGGGUUAAGAGUAACUCUACUUCUGUGAUUAGUCAGCAUGCUUCUUUGAUAGUCAAUCAAGGAAAAUCAGAUAGUGGAUCAUUCUUUGUGGCUGGUUUUGAGCGAUUUUUGGAUUCUAUAGCGUCCAAGCCUUCUGCCAAGCAGAAUCUGGAUGAUGAUGUUUCUUGUCGGACAACGUUGACAAAUUUGAGUAGCUCCUCUGCUCCAAAUAUCUCAUCGUCCUAUGGCCGAGCUGAUUUCUCGAGUCAAAUUCAAGGAGAUGUAUUUGGGAAACCCAAGAACCUUGCAAAAUCAGGAACAACGGUUUCUCGGUCAUUUAGAUCCGAUAAAGAAAAGACAGGAGCUUAUUCGCAGAGUAGUUCAAUUUAUGGGUCACAAAUUAGUUCAUGGGUGGAACAAGGUCAUGAUACAAAGCCAACUAGCAGUGUUUCUACUGGAUAUUCUAAAAAGCCUGAUGAGACGAGCAAGACUGGUCGCAAAAGGCUUAAACCAGGAGAGAAUCCUAGACCUAGGCCAAAAGAUCGGCAAAUGAUCCAAGAUCGUGUGAAAGAACUGCGAGAAAUUGUUCCAAAUGGGGCAAAGUGUAGCAUUGAUGCACUAUUGGAACGCACGAUCAAGCACAUGCUUUUCUUGCAGAGCGUCACAAAACAUGCGGACAAAUUAAAACAGACUGGAGAGUCAAAGAUUAUCAGCAAGGAAGGAGGAUUGCUUUUAAAAGAUAAUUUUGAAGGAGGAGCGACGUGGGCAUAUGAAGUUGGUUCACAGUCUAUGGUCUGCCCGAUCAUAGUUGAGGAUCUGAAUCAACCUCGUCAAAUGCUCGUGGAGAUGCUUUGUGAAGAACGCGGUCUAUUUCUGGAAAUAGCCGACAUAAUAAGAGGAUUGGGCUUGACCAUCUUAAAAGGGGUUAUGGAAACGAGGAACGACAAAAUAUGGGCGAGGUUUGCUGUAGAGGCAAAUAGAGACGUGACGAGGAUGGAGAUAUUCAUCUCACUUGUUCGCCUCUUGGAGCAAACAUCAAAAGGCGCAGAGGAAUCUGCUAAGGCCAUUGAUAACGACACAGCAAUGAUGCAUUCGUAUCACCAAGCAGCGUCUAUACCAGCAACAGGUAGACCUUGUACUUAACAAUGCUCAACAGAUGAGAGACUGUGAUCUUUGUCUGGACGUGUUAAGAGCGAGCAAUCAACCAUGCUUGCCAUGACUAACAUUGUACACUUAGGCCAACCCUCGUGGUUUUUCUCAAAGCUAAUCCUCAUUUUUCGCCACAAUAUCCAGAUUCUCAACGUGCCAAGCCUUUUAGUCCCUUCUCAGGAUUGCUUUUGUAGAAUGGCGAUUCAUCGUUCGGGCUAGUUUUUUUUUUUUUUUUGGCUCUUGCCCUUUGAAGUACUAUAAUUUUGAUUUGGUACAAGGAGAAGGGAAAUGGUUUUUAUUGUUGUAUAGAAAAAGGUGGAGGGUAAUAGGAAGUAAGCUUAGGGUUGUUUAUUUUAGCUAGUAUUUGUCUACUUAAAAUGUUUUUUCUGGCUUUAAUUAUGUGUUUUUUGCCAGCUGAAAUAUUCUUGUUUGCAUUAUUAUUUACUUACCUUUGGCCGA